CUCUCCGGGAAGGGGGUGCCCGCGGCGCUCGGGGGAUGCUCAGCGGGCAGGGCCGCCUCUCCCGCAUGCCCUGCGCCUCUCCUUCUGCUGGCGGCCCCGGAGGAGGUUCGCUUUUCCUCUGUCCUUGCGAUCCUAGCCCAGCAAAUCCAUCCUCGCAGAUAGCUGCGACCUGUUUGUCCUGCUGGUGACGGUGUGAGCGAGCCGGGCGCUGCGAACACCCGGCUUCCAUCGCGGGAAAAUACUGUGCUGAGGGUUAAUUUUAGCAUCGGGCUGAAUUUGGGGAGCUUCGGAGAGGCACUGCCUGCGUUAAGCAUCCGAAUUUAAAUUGCUGAAGUGCCGUGUUUUUAAUCCGUGUUGAGGGUGACGCUUAUACGUCUGCAGAGAGAGCUGAUUAAACCCACAACAUUUGGUCUCCAGAAUCAGUUCAAGUUACUCAUUGAUGGAGUGCUAACACUCAGCAGUUCCCAAUUCGCCGUAGUCAGGUAAAUUCUUCCUGUAUGGAUCAACCUUCUAGUGAUGGUGAAACUAGAAGAAGACCACUCUAAGCAAACACAGGAUGAAUCGGGUCCCAGCUGAUGCAGAAAAUGCUCACAGUAGCAGUGUGGAAUCUUGUUCUUCCUUGCGAGAUGUCCACUCCAUCAACCCAACGCAGCUGAUCACAAGGAUUGAGUCAUAUGAAGGCAGGGAGAAGAAAGGCAUAUCAGAUGUCAGAAGGACUUUCUGUUUAUUUGUUACAUUCGAUCUCUUAUUCAUAACCUUACUGUGGAUAAUAGAAUUAAAUGUAAAAGGAGGCAUUGAGACUACCUUAGAGAAAGAAGUCCUACAUUAUGACUACUCUUCUUCAUAUUUUGAUAUAUUUCUACUGGCAGUCUUUCGGUUUAAGGUGUUAAUACUUGCAUAUGCAAUGUGCAGACUACGCCAUUGGUGGGCAAUAGCUUUUACAACAGCAGUGACCAGUGCCUUUUUAUUAGCAAAAGUAAUUAUUUCACAGCUGUUCUCACAGGGUGCUUUUGGCUAUGUGCUGCCCAUCAUAUCCUUCAUACUUGCCUGGAUUGAAACUUGGUUUUUGGACUUUAAAGUGUUACCACAAGAAGCUGAAGAAGAAAAUAGAUUUUUAAUAGCACAGGAUGCUUCAGAACGAGCAGCUCUUCUGCACCCGGGAGUCCUCUCUGAUGGGCAGUUCUAUUCUCCUCCUGAGUCUGUAGCAGGUUCUGAUGAAGACUCUGAAGAAAAACAAGACAGUGAAAAACCGAUUGUAUAGCAAAUAAGAAAAACCAG